AUGUCAGGUCUACCGUCUGAUGAGGUUGCCGAAGACUACAAAGGCUCGUUGGAAGACCUUGUCACCAAUGACCGAUAUCAGAUCUCCAAUCUGACCUUGAUUGCAAAAGAAAACAUUGAGCACGCCGAAGCAAUUUCCCGGGUUCUCCAGAACCACAUCAACCGAGCACCGCCGGCACGCAAAUUACCUGCCCUAUAUGUUUUGGACUCGAUCGCCAAAAAUGUCGGCUCUCCAUAUACAGUCUAUUUCGGUCGCAAUCUGCACCAGAUCUUUAUGCUUGCUUACUCCCAAGUUGAUGCCCCUGUCCGCCGAAAGCUGGAGGAGAUGUUGAAGACAUGGCGCGAACCAGUCCCCGGUUCGCUCUCGCCGACCCCGGUGUUUCCCCAUGCAAGUACACAAUCCAUUGUCGACAGCCUGAACAAGUUUCGCUCCCCCAUGCCAGCGGCCACCCGCUACCAAUCGCCUCACAUUCAACCCACUCCUGCGAGGGCUUUGGUCGAUCCACGGUAUCGACAUACACCAACUCCUCCACAGUCCUUCCCACCGCUCGCCUCGGGCCUUGCUUCCAACACUAGAAGUCCUGGGCUGCAACCAGAAAUCCCACAACCGCCAUAUACUCAGACCCCCCCGCCGUCUUUUAGCCAGCCUUACCCUCCACAGGCGACUCCUUUGUACCAGCAGCAGCCGCCGGCUCCGACGACACAGUAUCAUACACCGACUCUACAGCCUGGGCCUAUCUCCUCUGGAGGGGUUGACUUGCAAAAGCUUCACCUGGAUAUUGAUGAUCUCACAACAGAUGCCAAAAUUGAAUGCGCCACUCAUCCCAUGGACGCGGGCGCCCGACGCAAGUUGGCAAGUCUUCAGACACUGAAAGAGAUCCUAGACAGUGGUAACGCCUCAGAGAGGGAUUUGGUCGAUAUUCGGAACACAAUUAUGCAAAAGAUGGCUGAAAAGAUGGCGGAACCACACCAGCCUCCGGGACAAACAGCGAUACCGCCCAUACCUACGGCAAACACGUACGUGCCUCAAACCUCAAUCCAGCAACCGGCAGCAACAACUUCAGCUGCUACUUCACUAUUCAAUAGCACCAAUCUAGCGGAGCUGUUGCGAGCUACUGUUGGUCAGCAGCAAGCCAGACAACAGCCAAACUACUAUGCGCACGCGCAGUCAGGGGUGGCUACUCCCAUAUCGGCCAGCACUGCUCCCUCCGCAACGUCCGAAAAUCCCCUCUUGGCCCAACUUCGAGCAUCAGGCCUCUUGUCUGCCGCGCCAACUCCACCUCAAGGCGUUGCUCAUUCCAUGCCGGGUUUCGCCGCAUUUGCAACUGACCCGGUAGGUGAAGUCAGUUUAACGUCAGCAAGUAUCCGCAUACCGCGGCCGCACUUGGUUGCGACACUCUUGAGUGCAUGGCCAAAUCAGUGUAGUACUUGCGGUAGGAGAUUCACGUCGGAUGAGGGUGGCAAGGCCAAGAAAGCGCGACACCUUGACUGGCAUUUCAAAACCAAGGCGAGGAUGCUAGAGGCUGAGAAACGAGGUCAGAAUCGCAGUUGGUACGUAGACGAGCGAGAGUGGAUCGCGAGCAAGGAAUUCGAAGACGAUGCUGGGCCUGUGGAUGCAACCGGAGUGCCGAUCAAUGGCGCUACAAUGGUUGCAAAGAAGAAAGCGCAGGAUUUCGUUCGGGUUCCUGCAGAUCCAGUCCUUCGAUCACUACCUUGUCCAAUUGAUCAAGAACCAUUCAAGAGUGAAUGGAGUGAAGACGUGCAGGAUUUCAUUUGGAAAGACGCUGUACAAGUUGGAGGGCGAUACUAUCAUGCGAGUUGUUACACGGAAGUGACCAAAGGGCGAGAAAAAGACGGAGUGUUAACUCCGGUCGGAGGUAUUGGACGGAUGGCAACCCCUGACUCUGUGCUUGGAAAACGGAAAGCAGAGGUAAGGCUCACUGCAUGA